CUGAAGAUAGUGUUCCGAUGACUUGCUAGUUCACGCGGGUGGACUGUCCGCUUGCGCGUCGCGUCGUGUGGUGAUCUUGUGGCGAGUUGUGACAUUGCCGUAUUUGCGGUGUGCCGAGUGCUUGAUGUCCACGCGGGCUACUACCACGGCGCGAUCAGAGACGCCACUGUGCCCGAGCGACGUGAAGCGGCGUCCGAGGACCGACGACCGGGUUCGUCGACUCCUGAACUGGCGCCCCACGCCGGGAGGACUCGUCACACCCACCGCCUGCUCGUAGCACCGCCUUGCACGCGCGUCUCUGUAUCUAGUCGUCACGGAUCUCGACGGUCCAGACUCAAAAAGAAGCGUGCCAUGACCUUUGUCCCGCCGUUCCUGGUCACCCUGCUGCUGCCACUGUUCCUGCUGUCCACCUCUUCACUCGUGAUGUGCCUCUUCUCGUCAAACAGCGGCAAUGCCUCGCUCUCCACUCUAGUAACGGCCAACAUGUCGGUGCCGGAGUUUCUCUCCGAAGCUCCCGCCCGCCUACGGGCGCGUCGAGCCGUCUCCUUCCCGGGUCGCAGCAGCGCGCGACGAGGGACCGAGUACAGUCCAGUGUCCAGUACCAUGCAGGCCAGGCGGAUACCCACCCCCGAGGAGCUACACGCGCUGCGCCGCCUUGUCUUUGAGAACGGCCUGCAGGACGAGAUCGCGCAGGAGGUCCAGGGACGGCAGGUCAACUACCCAGUUGGAGGCGAGCGCUUUUCUUAUAUGAGUACUCUUAGCAGCGAAAUCGGCUGCCAUGCCUAA